AUGAAGCUAUCUGAAAACCGAACCGCUAGAAGAGCAAUGUGCAGAACUGAUGUAUACCAACCUACAAACCACCUAAUUGAUUGCGCAGGAGAUCAAUCACUGGAAAACAUUCCUCACCUAGCCACCAACAGCUCUGCACCGCAAAAUUGGUGUAAACCUCCGCCAGGUUUUCUCAAGGUGAAUUGCGAUGCUGCGUGGUCAGCUCCGGCAUCGCGCGGGGGAGUCGGUUGGGUCAUUCGGGACACUUUCGAGUUGCUGCUCUGUGCUGGUGGCCAGGGGGACCUCCAUGGCUCCUCCGCUCUUAUGAUGGAGCUUCUUGCUAUUCGUCAUGCUCUUAGUGCAUGUGUUCAUUUCCAUCUCACUGACUUAAUAGUGGAGUCGGAUACUCAGACAGGAAUCUUGAUGCUUACUGGACAAAUUGCAGUAGUCUCAGAUCUGGAGGGGAUUAUUUUUGAUAUCAAACACUUGGUGGCUUCUCUUUCUCGGGUCUCCUUUGUGUUCGCUCCCAAGGCUUGUAACAAAGCUGCUCACACUGUGGCUGGUUUCGUUUCUAAACAGGAGGGUAAUCAUGUUUGGGAUGACUUUGGAACUGACUGGCUUUUCAAUAUUCUUGCUUCCGAUGUUCCCGAAGAAAUCAUAUACGAAAUCUUGCUAAGGUUACCCGUCAAAUCUCUACUUGGGUGCACGGCAGUGUGCAAGUCAUGGAGUUGUAUGAUCAAAAGCCCUACCUUCAUCCACACCCAUCUGAUCAACCGAUUAAUCGAAUCCAACCGUCGAAACAACGACGGCGUUCAACUCCUCCUUCACAAUCCUGAAUUUGAGCUUUACUCAUUGUACAGGGAUGACGACGACCCCCGUGCAUCAUCAUCUACGCUUAGGGAGUAUAUCGAUCUUGACAAUCCAUAUGAAGUUAACGCCGAACGCACCAGAAACCAUACCUGGGGAUCCGAGUUUGUCGGAACUUGUAACGGGCUCGUGUGCCUUGCUGGGGAAGACAUUGACUUGACUACAUUAGUUUGGAACCCUAGCAUCAGAAAGUUUGUGGUUUUGCCCAAGUCUGGUGUUACCUUUUGUCAUGGAUAUGAUCGUCGAGAAGCAAGAUGCUCCUUUGGCUACGACAGGCGUGCCAAUGACUAUAAGGUCUUACGAAGAGUGUCUUGUUUGCAAGAAGGCAAAUUUAUCUCAUGUCAAUAUGAGAUUUGGUCGUUAGCCAAGGGCUCUUGGAAGACUCUCAAUACUGGUAAUGAUCGUCAUCAUCAUGAACGUGACAUCGAACAACGGGACUUUGAUGCUGGUCAUCCGCCUGCUUUUGUCAAUGGUGCUCUGCAUUGGGUUCAAGUCAACGUGAACACCGGGAAUAUUUCCGUUGAGUCGUUUGAUAUGUCCGAUGAAGUAUUCGGCAAGAUAACCAUACCACCAGAAGCUGAAAAACAAAAAUGUUUCGAUUCUGAUCCACAUUGCGUGGUGUCGAGGUACGGACAGUCCCUUGCAUUUUUCGAAAGCUCUGAGGAGAGGAGAGAAAGUGUUGGUUGUGGUUGGCUUCUUCACAUGACCAUGUGGGUGAUGAAAGAGUAUGGUGUGGCCAAAUCAUGGGAUAAACUCUUUGCAAUAUGCCUGGAAGGGAGUAUUUGUAGACUGGUUGGUUGUAGAAAAAGUGGUGAUGAAGUUGUGCUCAAACUGAUUGUUGAUAACGUUCAAUAUCGGUCUGUGAACUCUAAGACCAAACAAGUUAAGAAUUUGCAAAUUAAAGGAUCGUGCUGUUACUCGGUCAUGGAUGCUUUUACUGAAAGCCUUGUCUUGCUUGACCAGCCUAAUGUAUUUACAUACUAA